ACAAGCUUGAUGUAACAUGCAACAUGCAACGCCAAAACAAGCUUGAUGCAUGAUGAUGCUGCCCUUCACCGCAAUCACGAGGGCAUGCUCUCCUUCACCGCAAUCACGAUUGAAAACCCUAAUUCCAUGGGAUCUUCAAAACCCUAAAAAAAAACCCUAAUUCCAUCGGACCGAAAAAAUACCUUAACACGCGGCCGCCGACGAUAGAUUGAGAAAUCGAACAGCAGGCAGGAGAACUCGACCGGACGAGAGAAGUUAUGGGUUCGGCAGGAGAAGUCGACCGCACGAACUCGGACUAUGCGACGGACUCGCCGUUGACGGAGAAGCAGGGACGACGGGAACUCGACGAGCUCGUGCUUCAGGGACUAUGCGCCGGACUCGCCGUUGACGGAGAAGCAGGGACGACGGGAACUCGACGGGCUCGUGCUUCGGGAACUCGACGGCCUCGUGCUUCAACGGCGACGGACUCGCCGUUGACGGAGAAGUAGGGACGACGAGAAAAAUUGGCAGAGACGGACACGCUUAGGGUUUUUGAAAAUAAUAAACCGUCCGCUCUUAUGGUUUUUUAAAAUAAUAGACAUGUUUUAAU